AUGCGGCCGAUCGUCCGAUCAUUCUCUCUCAUCGCCUUCAUCGCCGCCGUUUUCGUCGUCUCGCCGGCGUUCGCUUCUGAGUCAGAUCACAAGGAGGAUUUUGUGUUUUUGGUUCGUUUUCUUCCAUUUUUGCCUUUCUGUUUUAUUAGAUUAUGUCUGAAUUUAGCGUUUGCUAUUGAUGCUGCUAGUGAUCGGAGCUGGGGUAGGGCAAACGUGUUGUAUCAACAGGAUGACCAAGUUACCCUUUGGGUAAAUAAAGUUGGGCCGUUUAACAAUCCACAAGAGACUUACAAUUAUUACAACCUACCAUUUUGUCAUCCAUCUGGUAAUGCUGCUCACAAAUGGGGUGGUCUUGGUGAGGUCUUGGGUGGAAAUGAGCUUAUUGAUAGCCAGAUUGACAUAAAAUACCAAAAAAAUGUGGACAAGAGUACCAUUUGUGUACUUGAACUUGAUGAAGCGAAGGUCAAACAGUUCAAGGAUGCUAUUGAAAAUAGCUACUGGUUUGAAUUCUUCAUGGGUAUGUGGUGAAAUUUUAUUGGUUGAUGUAUGGUUGAUAUGAUGAUGGUUGAAUACAUUGUUUCAUGUAAAUCUAAUUUAGUAUAUGCACUUUGAUGAUGGUGUAGAAAAAUUUAGAAGAAUUGGAAGUCUAUUGAAACUUGAAGUCUUGAACCAUAUUGUCGGAAUGUUAUUCUAAACAUGCUUUCUGUACAAGGUGAAAGCAGCACCAUAUUUCGGUAGAGAGAUGCAAUGACAAGAGAAUCUUAUCAUAUACUUAUGAUUUUAGUAGAUAUUAUUGUAAGGCAACAGUGAGGUUGCAUUUUGUUAUAGCUAAAUAUUGAUUGAUUAAAGCAUCUAAUGACGCUUUUGCAAGUUUUGUGUUUGGGGUAAAAUAGAAUUAAUCCUCUGUGUAACCAAAACCAAACUAAACCAAGCCUUAUGUUCCAAUCAUUUGGCGUCGGCUAAAUGAGUUUGUUUUCGCCAUUCAUUUCGAUCAUGCGCUGUACGCUCAUUUAAGUUAAAUAUUUUUAUAUUUUUUUUUAUUAUUUCGUUCAAUAUUAAUUUAGGUCUAUCCCUACUUUUAGUACCAUUAAGAGAAAUUCUCACUUUUUCGAACCGGUGCCUCUAUCGGCCUUCGUUGAACAUAACCAAACCAUCUUAAUCUAUUUUCUUUUAACUUAUCUCUAGUUGGAGCUACUCCUACCAUUUCUCUAAUA